CCUGCAGAGCUUUGCCUUCUUCUGCCUGGUCUCUGGAUCUGCCCCCGACAUGCUGCGGGCGCGCGGGCCUGGGCCGGGCGCUCUCCUGCUCCGGCACGCGCUGGGUCUCGGGCGGCGCGGGCGAGCAUGGCAGCGGCCGCAAGGCCAGGACACCGGCGUGGAGGUGCACAACAGCCUCACCGGCAGGAAAGAGCCGCUGAUCGUGGCCCGGACGGACGCCGUCUCCUGGUAUAGCUGUGGACCGACUGUGUACGACCAUGCACACCUUGGCCAUGCUUGCUCAUACGUUAGAUUUGAUAUUAUCCGAAGGAUCCUGACCAAGGUGUUUGGCUGCAACGUGAUCAUGGCGAUGAGCAUCACUGAUGUGGAUGAUAAAAUCAUCAGAAGAGCUAACGAGAUGAAUGUGUCUCCUGCUUCUCUUGCCGGCCUUUUUGAAGAAGAAUUUAAACAAGACAUGGCGGCCCUGAAGGUUCUGCCACCAACGGUGUACUUGAGAGUCACCGAGAACAUCCCUCAGAUCAUUUCUUUCAUCGAAGGCAUCAUUGCUCACGGCCAUGCUUACUCGACAGACUCAGGCAGCGUCUACUUCGAUCUGCAGGCGCGAGGGGAAAAGUACGGCAAGCUCGUCCAUGUGGUUCCCAGUGCGGCUGCAGAGCCAGUUGACUCCGAGAAGCGGCACGCCGGCGAUUUCGCCCUGUGGAAGGCAGCCAAGCCUCAGGAGGUGUUCUGGAGCUCGCCGUGGGGAGACGGACGGCCCGGUUGGCACAUCGAGUGCUCUGCCAUGGCCAGCGAGGUGUUUGGAAGCCGACUGGACAUCCACACCGGCGGCAUAGACUUAGCUUUCCCACAUCAUGAAAACGAAAUAGCCCAGAGCGAAGUCUUCCACCAGUGUCAGCAGUGGGGAAAUUACUUCCUACAUUCUGGGCAUUUGCAUGUGAAAGGCAAAGAAGAAAAAAUGUCCAAAUCCCUAAAAAACUACAUCACCAUUAAGGACUUCCUGCAGACCUUCUCCCCCGACGUCUUCCGGCUUUUCUGCCUGCGCACCGGCUAUAGGUCAGCCAUUGAAUACAGCGACAGUACCCUGUUGGAAGCCAAGCACCUCCUGCUGGGGCUGACCUCUUUUGUAGAGGACGCACAAGCCUAUGUAAAAGGGCAGCUGACCUGUGGCCCCGUUGGGGAAGACCUGCUGUGGGAGAGGCUGACCAGCACCAAGAAGGCUGUGAAGGCCGCGCUCGCCAAUGACUUUGACACACCCAGGGCGGUGAAUACCAUCCUGGACCUUGUGCACCAUGCGAACAGAGAGCUUAGGGCAGUCUCGAAGGAAGCUGCUGGCCCAAGAAGUCCCACUGUGUUCGGCGCCGUCAUCUCCUACGUUGAGCAGUUUUUCGAGACCGUUGGGAUUUCUCUGGCAAAUCGACAGUGUGUUUCAGGAGACGGCAGCGCGGCAACUCUGCACUGUGUGGUGGAAGAACUCGUACGCUUCAGGCUCAAGGUCCGACAGUACGCGCUGGCCACCCCUGGGGCUACCGGGGAGGCCCGGAGACGGCAGCUCCAGGAGAGGCAGCCCUUGCUAGAGGCGUGUGAUGCACUGCGCCAGGACCUGGCCGCCCACGGCAUCAAUGUCAAGGACAGAGGCAGUACAACCUCCACAUGGGAACUGCUGGAUCCAAGGACAAAACACCAGAAGCCUGCAAGUUGACGAUGAGGCCGCUGGGGUCCCACAUUCCACCACGCCUGGCGUCUGCUCUUUUGUGAUGAAAACUUUAUAUUAAAGUUGCCAAUUGUGGCUGUUUAGCCAACAGUAACAGGGGCCUGUGUGUGUUCACAACUGCCUGGAAAGUUAACUGGCCAGUACCAUGAUGGCCACAUUCUCAAAAUUCCCUUCCGUGAGUUCACAUCAGCUGCUCAGGAGACAGUCUUGAACAUGGCUGGCUGGCCCGUGACCCAGGACUGGACAGGAGGGAACCAAAGAGCAGGGCCCAUUAGUUAGCAUGCAGUUGCCAGGCCACUCGGGAGGGAGGCUCAGCAGGCGGAGAGGAGGCCGCAGUGAACGGCAGGUAACAACCACGGGUGACGGUUACCCCAGCGGCCCCCAAGUCACCUGCCCUUCCCACGGGCCUCUGAGGAUCUCAGGUGCAUGGCCACUGGUGAUUCUGAACUACUUGAGUUAACACCUACUCACUGAGCAGAAAACUCUAGGGCCGAAGAAGGCCCACUGGCCCCUGUGAACCUCAAUUAAACCAAACCCUGCACCCACCAGCCACCCGAGAACUGGAGCCCUGUGAGGGGGUGUCUAGUAUCGGAAGGGCGCAAGAAGCAGAGAGCACAGACUCCAAAUGUCCUGUCUCA